ACAGAAAUUGAUUGAAAAUGGUCAAGUCGAUCGUUUGUAAGAGAAUUGCCCAUGGAGGAUAAGCCAAGUCAACUCUCGUCCGUACAGAAACAUUUAUUCAAAGUGUUUCCGUAUUGGUCACCAGAUAAAUACGAAACAUUUCGUAAAGAGAAGAUUGGUCCCGGUAGUAAUAGUUUUUGUGGUUCUCUAUUUCGCUUUGUCAGAGAGCCAAAGAAGAGAAGGAAAGAAUCUCCUUUUGGUGGUCUGGUAGUUAUAGGUGAAUGGGAUGUUUGGGACUUUUCAAAAACGGAAGUAGAAGACAGUGAUAGAGUUUUGGAGGAACUUCUUUCCUCACCUACUUUUGAAAGACUGACUUGCUACAGUUGGAAGCAAAACUUUGAUAUCAGUGGGAAUUCGAACUGUAAUGUUUUCAAGUCUGCUGGAAAGGAAACUUCAGAGACGCUGAAUGUUGACUCGUUUUGUGAGGCAAAUAUGGCUGACGAAGAUAUAGAGAUGUUGGAAGCAGUAGAAAGAUUUAUCAAGAGUUCUGCAGAUUUUGGAAACUUGUUGUCUCCUAUAAUUUGGGUUGGAACAAUAUCUGAGCAGAAUGGUUUUCGUGAAACUGAGACUUUAGAUCAACUGCACGUUUCAGAGAAUUUGUCAUCUUUGUUGGAAUCAGGUGAAAAAGAAGAAGGAGAAAUAUAAGAUAAUACUGAGGAGCAGCAUAAUGU